UCACCGUCGUUUUUGCGCGGAUAAUGCUGCGUGAGCACACCUCGUUCAUGGUGCAACUCUCCCUGGUGCCCGUCGUUCUCGGGCUCGCGCUCUCCUCCUCCACCGAGCUCUCCUUCACGUUGGGAGGCUUCCUGGCCGCAGUGGCCAACAACUGCAUCGACUGUGUCCAGAACGUCUUCUCGAAGAAGCUCCUCUCGACGCACUACAACUACAUCAACCUCCAGUUCUACACGUCGGCCGCCGCGUUGGUCGUGCAGCUGCCCUUCAUGCUCUACCUCCUCCUUCCCGCGUGGCUGGCCGGUGCAACCUCCAUCUCAGCGGAGCUCGCGCAGCAGUUGCUCCUGAACGGGUUUGCCUUCCACAUGCAGUCGGUCAGCGCGUACGCGGUGAUGGGUCUCAUCUCGCCUGUCACCGUCUCGGUAGCAAACACGCUCAAGCGCGCGCUGUUGAUAUGGCUCUCGAUCUUGUACUUUGGCAACCCCGUUACUUUUGCCUCUGCUUGUGGCACUGGCUUGUGCAUCGGCGGGGUGCUGGCGUACAAUCACGCGCGCCGGCAUUAUCCGUACGUGCCCCCGGUCGUGUACGCCCCUGUGCCGAUGCGUGCGCAAGCUUGCACCGGCCAGUCCAUACCGCCGUCUCGCUCUCCAAGCGCUGGAGUCUGACUCGGGAGGAUGCGGGAAGGACAUGCAGCUUGCACGUUGCAGGUCCUGUUUGCAGCCGCCAAAACUACGCGGGGAGGGCGGCGGCGUUUACGUCAGUAGUCAUACUAUUUGAACAAU